ACGUGGAUAUGGCUUUGGUGCAGCUGGCAUGGGGUUCAGCUACAGAGGUGCUGGCUUUCGCUACAGGGUUCAUGGAGUCUCCAGGCCAUGCACCAUCAUGCCCAUCACCAUCACCAAGCAACUGCUCCAACCGCUCAGAAUGGAACUCGAUCCCAGCACGCAAACGGUGAAGUACCAAGAGAAGGAGCAGAUCAAGACCCUGAACAACAAAUUUGCUUCUUUCAUUGACAAGGUUCGACUCCUGGAACAGCAGAACAAGGUGCUGGGGACCAAGUGGAGCUUUCUGCAGGGUCAAAACCACUGCAAGAAUACCAUCAUGCCCAUGUUAGAGGCUUAUGUUGGUAACUUGAAGAAGCAGCUGGAAGCACUGGGGUGCAAGAGAGCCCAGUUAGAAACAGAUCUGAAAGCAGCACAGCAGGUUUUGGAAACCAACAAGAAAAUGUACAAGGACGAACGCAGCCAGCGGACGUGCACCGAGAGCGAGUUUAUUGCCCUGAAGAAGGACGCGGACUGUUUUUUCUUAAACAAAGAAGAGCUGGAGGCCAAGGUGGAAAGCCUGAAAGAAGAGCUUGAAUUCCUGAGAAUGUCCUAUGAAGAGGAAAUUCACCAGCUGCGGGCCCAGAUCUCAGAUACUUUGGUGGUCAUGCAGAUGGACGAUAGCCGAGAUCUUGACUUGGAUGGCAUCACUGCGGACGUCAAGGCUCAGUACCAGGACAUUGCCCGCAGGAGCUGGGCAGAAACGCAGGCCUCGUAUGAAAGCAAGCUUGAGGAGCUGCAAGUCACUGCAGGCAGAAAUGCUGACAGCCUGCGAAAGACAAAAAACAAGACAGCUGAGCUGACACGGAUAGUCCAGAGACUGAACAGAGAAGUUGGGAUCGCCAAGAACCAGCGCUGCAAGCUGGAAGCCACCGUGGCCGACGCUGAGCAGCGUGGGGAAACAGCCGCCAAGGAUGCGAGGCACAAACUCUCUGAGCUGGAGACAGCCCUGCAGCAGACCAAGGCAGACCUCACCCAGCAGCUCCACAAGUACCAGGAGCUCAUGAAUGUCAAGCUGGCCCUGGACACUGAGAUCGUCACCUACAGGAAGCUGCUGGAAGGAGAGGAGAGCAGGUGA